CACAUCAAACACACCCACGUGCAUGUCACAGUCUAAAUAGAUCCACAGUGCCACCUGAUAAUGUAGCAGAGAGAGAGGUAGGCUGCCAGGUCAACUCUGUUUAUCAGAACGUCAGAGGAGGAGAGAAGUGAGUGAUGAAAGAAGAUAGAGAGCUGAGAUGACAGCUGGCUGAUGGAGGGAGAGAUAGAGGUCUGGAGGCUACGUGUGAGGGAGAAAUGAGAAACGUCAGUAGCUGCAACAAGCUAAACCCAGACAGACAGAACAAGACACAACAGAGUAUGGCAGAAACCCCAGCAGAGCCUCAGAUUGACUGUGAGCUGCAGCCCCCAUCUAAUACCCUUUCUGAGUCUCAGCUCCAGUCCCAACUACAUCCUCUCUCUGAGCCCCAGCCACUACCCCAGCCUUGGCCCCAGCCCCUACCCCAGCCGGAUAGCCUUCAUGAGCCCCAGCCUGAUACCCUCCCUGAGCCCCAGCCCCAGUCUGAAGAGGAGGUGAAGCCCUGGAUGUGGACACGUCACCGCGUACUCCUUCUCUUCCUCCUGACAUCCUCCUUCUGCGCCUCCAUAGUGGGUCUGGCCUACUACUCCCAGCAGCACCUCCCACCAGAGAGCACACCGCCAGCCUCUCCUCCAUGUACCUCCCCGGCUUGUCAGAGGGCUGCCGCCCGUCUUUCCAUCUCAGUAGACCCCUUCUCUCAGCCCUGUGACUACUUCCUGUUUCCCUGUGGGUCUGAAGGGGCGUCUCUGUCCAACAGGGGGAGACAGAGGGGCAAGGGCAUGCCCCUACACCCACAGGGCCACAAGAGCAGGGCAGCACAGGCAGAGAAAGAUAGAGAAAGAGGGAGGAAGGAGAGAGAGACAGGCACGGACAUAGUAGAAAAGGCUCCAGCAGACAGAAUGCCAGACAGACAGACUGCACUACUGCUGACAAUGAGGGAGAUUUUGGAAGAUGAGGACCGCUCCAGCCCGGGUAACUCAGCGAAGCAGAAGGCCUGUAUGUUCUACCGUUCCUGUAUGGACACUGGCCCCACAGAGACCGCCGGGCCAGAACCUUUCCUCAGGCUAGUCCACAAGCUGGGUGGCUGGGCUGUAUCAGGCCGGUGGAACCAGACAGAUUUCAACUCCACUCUGUCUCUACUGAUGAGAGACUAUGGCACCUUCCCAUUCUUUAGUGUUUAUGUGGGCAAGGAUCCUAACGACACUCAAGGAGACAAGCGAUACAUUCAGAUUGAUCAGCCAGAUUUUCAGAUACCUACUGAAUGGAGCAGCAAGACUCAGAAGUCCAAAGCUAACACGCAGAUCCUGCGUCUGUUCCUGGCCUCGUAUCAGAGGUUGCUGGGCCUGUUGGGCUCUCCCUCCAGCAGCACCAGUCUCCAUAUAGGCCUGUUCAUCUCUCUGUCCUCUGAACUGGCUGUAGCUGCCUCUCCUCUGCCGCAUCGCCUGCAGCAGGGGCUACUGUACCAGCGCAUCACCAUCAAAGAGCUACAGACCCUGGCCCCUGCCAUUGAUUGGCUGGGCUGUCUACAGACCACCUUCCAUCCCCACCCUGUUAGCCAAUCGGAUCACGUCCUCCUGCACAACCUCCCUUACAUAGUCCACAUGUCCCGCAUCAUCGUCAAAUGGCUGAACAAGCAUGAAUUGAGUGGGAGUGGCCCUCUUCACACCUUCAUGGUCCUCAGUCUCCUCCACACUGUCAUACCCGCGCUGGACUCCAGGUUCACUCAGACAGAGAGGAAUUUCUCCUUAGCUCUGGGGACUACAGAGGAGGAUGUCCCUCGCUGGAGGCAGUGUGUUCUGCAGACUGAGAAAGGGUUUGACACGGUACUAACACACCUACUGAGAGAGACUACCACAUACACAGAGGCAGAGGAGCUGAUUCAGAAUGUCUAUUCCUCCAUCAAGUCCAAACUACCUGAUCUCAGGUGGAGAGAUGAGGAGUCUCGCAUGUCUGUUUUGAAUAAGAUUCAGUCUCUAACUCCAAGACUUUCAACUAAAAACAACAUUUUCAAUGAAGCUGAACUCAACCAACUGUAUUCAAAGGUGACAAUUGACAAACACAAGUAUUUCUCCAACUACAUCCAGUCUCUCUCCCUCCAGCGCCAGGGAUCAAACAAACUCUUUUCCCAGACUGAAGGAGAUGAUAUUUGGUCAAUCACUCCAUUUCUCUCCGACAAUGAGCUAGUCUUUCCCAUGGGGAUGUUUGUCCAGCCUCUCUUCCAUCCUACAUAUCCCAGGGCCAUCAACUUUGGGGUUUUGGGGUCUUUGAUGGCCAAAGAUAUUCUCCAUCUCCUUCUCCCCAACAUCCAUUCUCAGAGUGUGUCUCCCAGGUCCAUAGCAGAGUGUGUGCGGUACCAGUACCUGAGUAUGACAGAGGGACCAGGGAGAGAGGGGGCGUUCUCGCUGUCACCGGCACAGCAGCAGGAGAUGUGGGUGCAGUACUCUGCUCUGCAGAUUGCACUACAGGCUUACAAUCAGAGUUUGAAGAAGUAUCCUGGUGACUCCUCUCUCUCAGGCCUCUCUCACACUCAUCUGUUCCUUACUUCAUUCACUCAGAUCAACUGCGACUCUGACCCGUACCAUGAGUUCAUGCCUUUUGAACCUUCCUUUCUGGUUACUGUCAUCUGUGGGUACUCUGACCUCUGCCCUAAGACCCUCUCCUGCCCCAACAAACCCCAGCAGCACCUCUUAGGGACAUGCUGACCUACAGAUCUACAGUAACAUCUCCUGCUGAACAAAAAAUGCAGAGCCAUUGAUGAACACACAAGACUGUGAUUUUAACAGAUCGGUGUCCCCACGCGGGACGGUUGAGCUAAAGUAAGCUAAUGUGAUUAGCAUGAGGUUGUAAGUAACAACAACAAAGGAAUCCCAGGACAUAAACAUAUCUGAUAUGGGCAGAAAGCUUAAAUUCUUGUUAAUCUAACUGUCCUGUCCAAUUUACAGUAGCUAUUACAGUGAAAGAAUACCAUACUAUUGUUUGAGAAGAGUGCACAAUUAUGAACUUGAAAAUGUAUUAAUAAACCAAUUAGGCACAUUUGGACAGUCUUGAAACAACAUUUUGAACAGAUAUGCAAUGGUUCAUUGGAUCAGUCUAAAACUUUGCACAUACACUGCUGCCAUUUGGUGGCCAAAAUCAAAAUUGCGCCUGGGCUGGAAUAAUACAUUAUGGCCUUUCUCUUACAUUUCAAAGAUGAUGGUACAAAACAAAAAUGCAUGUUUUUUUCUUUGUAUUAUCUUUUACCAGAUCUAAUGUGUUAUAUUCUCCUACAUUAAUUGAACAUUUCCACAAACUUCAAAGUGUUUCCUUUCAAAUGGUAUGAAGAAUAUGCAUAUCCUUGCUUCAGGUCCUGAGCUACAGGCAGUUAGAUUUGGGUAUGUCAUUCUAGGCAAAAAUUGGGUAAAAAGGGUCAGAUCUUUAAGAAGGCAAUAGCACAGAACACUAAAUCCAAAUGCAACUGACAGGAUAGUUGAUUAUUCAUUAGGCACAUCCAUCCAGUCUCUUGUGACAUCCUGUGCAUGGGAGAUUUGUUUCUGGGUUCUGAGAUAAAACUAUUCAUAUUGUCUGUGGUUUAUUUAAAACUGCAGUAUGUAACAAGCACCUUGUUAUCCAUAAGGAUACUAUUAUGUUUGUAGGUUCUGAUCUGCUAUCCUUUGUUAACUGUAGGGGAGUGUGUCUGCCAGUUUAGAUGGUGCCAAAGACACAAACAGUGUUGAAAAGGUGUGUAUGAAGUGUGUGGAUGUAAAUACAUAGGGAAAGGGAAAGGGGGAUAUCUAGUCAGUUUUACAACUGAAUGCAUUGAACUGAAAUGUGUCUUGCGCAUUUAACCCAACCCCUCUGAAUCAGAGGUGCGGUCAUAGAUAUCAGGCUGAUAAUUCUACAAAAUAAAGUUGAUUUUUUUAUGUGAA